CGCGACUGCGCCGAGUCUGCCAUGAAGAACCCGCCUACAGUCGGUGUCGUCCGUUUGUGAAACCGUUCAUUCGGUCUUGAUCUUUGGCGAAAUUGUUUGCUAAGCGCAAUAAACUGUAAAAAUGUUGAUCAAAGUGAAGACCUUGACGGGAAAAGAGAUUGAAAUCGAUAUAGAGCCCACAGAUAAAGUUGAGAGAAUCAAGGAGCGAGUUGAAGAGAAGGAAGGCAUUCCACCACAGCAACAAAGGUUGAUAUUUUCCGGAAAACAAAUGAAUGAUGAAAAGACUGCUCAAGAUUAUAAGGUACAAGGUGGUUCCGUAUUGCAUUUAGUACUUGCAUUGAGGGGAGGUCUAUGAAGAAUAUUUUUAUAUGACACUAUGACGAAGCCUGUUUUAUAUAGAAAAAGUAGCGAUUACAAUGGAAAUGCUUUUAUAAUAUGUUUUAAACUUUGGCUUUGUAAAUAUAAAAAUUAAGAUAAAAAUAAUUUAAAGUAAACAGUCACAUUAAAUGCUAUGUUUUGUAAACUAAUAAAACUGAUUAAGUUAUA